UUAAUUCAUCGUAAUCAUGACUUUCUCGCUAUACCACAUUCUUCUUAUUCUUCUUUGCAGCUCCAGUUUCUGCUCUGCAUCCCGCCGCUUGCUCUUUGUUCAGUUUGGACCAACUUCUCCGGUGCCGGAUUCCUCACAAACACCCCUUGUUGAUGAUGCCAAGUUGCCCAAACUUCCAUACCUAGCCAAUUUCACGCAGAUGUUCCCAUUUCCGGGGUGGCCUUCUCUCCCCAGUUUCCCUCCUUUUCCAUUCGUCCCAACCAUGCCCUCUGUCCCUCAACUGCCUCUCGGCCCUGGAUUUCAAGACCCACCGAGCCUGGUCAUUGGGAACCCAAUCAACCCAUGAUAUGACUGAAGCAUUCACUACCAUACUUCAUAAUGUAGGGUUGUCUCUUUUAUGUCGUGUAAUUUCGUUUCCCUUUGUAUGUGCAUGCAGAAUAAGGGUUUUUACUUAAGUUUAUGAUGUAGCUUCUCCAUAAUUAAUAAAGGCAAUUAGACAUA